UUAUGAUUGACACAGGAAAAACAAAUAAGUAUUUGCACACUCCAUUUGAAAUGCUAUUAAUGGUGUUAAUUACUGCAAUUUCUAAUGGAAUUAUGAUACCUUAAAUAAUUUACACAUACAAAGUUAAGAAUGCUCAUACAUUUUUUUUAUCUGUAUUAUUGUUAGUGUCCUCAUUCAUGUAUCAUUUUUCUGAUAGUAUAGGAGUUGAGCCAAUCAUCCUAAAAGAAGUUGAUUGGCAUCAAUUAGAUAAUAUUGCAUCAAUUUGUGGAUUGGUAUUUAAAUAAUCUUAAAUUUAGAUGGAAUUAUUCAAUUACUUAAUGCAAAAUGAUAGAAGCAUUAGAAAGUCAAUUUAAUGGAUUAAUUUUAUUUUUGUUGUAAUAAUACAAGAAUCCCAUGCAUGGAAUGUUUGGGCAACAGUAAUUCCAAUCUUGAUAAGUCUCAUCAUGUUUAUAAUAAAACAAACAUUUUAUCCUAAGAAAGGUUAAAUUGUUAAUUAGGAUUAUCUUAAGAAAGGAAUAUUUUUCUUAAUUAUUGGUUUCGUUGCAUUUUACUUUGGUUUAGAGGAAUAUAAUGAUUAUUUAAGACUUUGGCAUGGCUUAUGGCAUUUAGCGAUGAAUCAAGCUUAUUUUCAUUUAUAUCAAGUAUUUAACCCAAAAGUUUAUACCUUUUUAGAGUGUUGGGAUUUAAAAUAAGAGUAUGCAAAAGAGUGAGA